UACGUUUCUUGAUGUACUCAUGUCCUCACUCUCAUAACUAACAGAAACAAUGACGCCGUUAAACCGCACCCUUCUCUUUUUCUUCUUCUUCACCUGCAUUAUCACAACUUCAUCGUCGCCGCCGCCACCACAACCAUACAACUACGGUUACUCCAUCCACAUAAACUGCGGCUCCUCCACCAACGCCACCGAUCCCUACAACACUACAUGGCUCUCCGACCGCUACUUCUCCGGUGGCACUGACUCCCUCAUCUCCGAGCCUCUCCGAUUCCACCUCCCUUCCGAGAAGACUCUCCGCUUCUUUCCUCCUUCCUCCUACGGCAAGAAGAAUUGCUACUCCCUCCCCUCCAUCUCAUCCUCCCGCUUCCUCCUCCGCACCUUCACUCUUUACGACAACUACGACGCCAAGUCCCGCCCUCCUUCCUUCGACGUCUCUCUCUCCUCCACCAUCCUCUUCAGCUGGCGCUCCCCAUGGCCAGCCUCCACUGCCUCUGAUGGCGCCUAUGCCGAUCUACUUGCAUUCUCCACCGCCGCCCAUAAUUUCUCCGUCGGAGAAGCCACUAUUGACCUCUGCUUCUACGGCUACGCGACAGACGCACCGGUAGUUUCCUCUGUCGAGCUCUUCGAGAUCGAUCCUGCUUCAUACGACGCCGCUUCCACCGGAAAAGACGUUGUGCUGGUCAACUACGGCCGCGUCUCCUGCGGCUCCGACGAGCACUGGGGACCGGGAUUUACCGCCGACGAAGACCGUUUCGGGAGGUCGUGGCAACCGGACUUCGCGUUCCGGAUCUUGCCGGAUAAGGAAUCCGAGGCGCGCGUGGUGUUCACGCAGAACGACGUCAGUGGCGCUGAUUUGAGCCCUAAUUACUUCCCGAUGAAAGUGUACCAGUCGGCGGUGACGGCGGAGGGCAAUUUAGAGUACGAAUUUACUGUGGACGCGAAGAUGGACUACAUGGUGUGGCUGCACUUUGCAGAGAUCGAUUCGAGCGUGAGGAAGGAAGGGGAGAGGGUCGUCGAUGUGUUCAUCAAUGAGAGGAACGUGAGCAGGGUUGAUAUAUACAAGGAGGUUGGAAGGUUCGCGGCGUUUGAUUGGCACUACACUGUGAAGAAUUUGAGUGACAGUUCUUUGAGGGUGAAGCUUGUGGCGGCUGUUGGUGUUCCUAUCAUCAGUGGCAUUGAGAAUUACGCAUUGGUCCCCAUUGAUCCUUCCACUCUUCCUCAACAAGCGAGUGCGAUGAAAGCAUUGAAAGAGUCGCUUCGAGUUCCGGGCAGAAUGGGUUGGAAUGGUGACCCUUGUGCUCCUACUUCUUGGGAUGCUUGGGAGGGAGUCACCUGCCGGAUGAAUAAGGACAAAACGUCUCUCGUCAUAAGUGCGAUAGAUCUCGCCAGUCAAGGCUUGAAAGGAUACAUAAGCGACAAAAUUAGUCUUUUGUCUGACUUGGUAAGCCUGAACCUCAGUUCUAACUCGUUGGAGGGUGAAAUACCUUCUGGACUUGCCCAAAAAUCCCUGAUAAAGCUUGAUUUAUCCAACAAUCAGUUGAUAGGCUCCAUACCAGAUAGUUUAGCAUCUUCAAGUUUGCAGCUUGUGCUAUUAAACGAUAAUUUAUUGGAAGGACGAGUGCCAGAUCAACUUAUUUCAGUUGGUGUGCAUGGCGGAGCUAUUGAUCUCUCUGGGAACAAAGGGCUGUGCGGUGCACCAUCUCUGCCUUCAUGUCCUAUGUUUUGGAAUCAUGGAAGAUUAUCUUCUCGUGGUAAAAUUGCAAUAAGCCUGUCCUGUGUUUUUGUUUUGUUCGUGUUACUGCUGCUGGUAUAUAUCUACAUCAGGAGAAAAAGAAAUGACUAUGACUUUGGCCUGCCCCACGAAUUAAUGUCAUUAGCAGCCAAGAGAAACCGAUACGUGAGGCAGAAAUCAUUGAUGCUUCUUGAGCUCGAAAGUCAACAUGCCAAGGGAUUACCUUCACCUUUUACUCCACAAUAACUAUUUCUCAAUGGAAAUGGAAGAUUGAUAUACGUAGUUUACGACUAAACAUACACUAUUACUGCUUAGAGAAACUUAUAGUUAUUGAAUGUGGUUUGCAGCAUCAAUGCUGAGCCAAGAUUUGAUAGCAAUCCAACUUUUGGAAAAGUAAAAAAAUGGCUUCUGGGGUUGGCUUUUCUCCCACCAGUUUUUCUUCAGGGCAAGGAUUCUGCGUGAUACUUAUUGCCAUGCAGUGUGACACAUUAUUUCCUGAAUCAUCGUACAAAGUUGCAAAGGCAUAUUCCCAGUAACAUCCAAAUCCAUCCUUGUUGUACCUUUUGAUAAAUACAAAUAGGAAAAGAGUAACAACCCCAUCAAUGUACUAUACAAUUUGAGCCUCAAGAUAGUGUCCACUUUUACCUGUUACAUCAAUACUGCUUGACUCUUAACACUGUAUACUGAUUUAUGUAUUGUUGCCAAGCAUCAGUCAGUGAGCGACCUACAUUGUCCAAUGUACUAGCUAGUUUUUUCACACAUUUAUACCAAGUAAAUAUAAUGAAAAUUGCAUGGAUACAAGAACUUUUCCUUAGUUACUUCUACUACCUUUGUAUUAAGAAUGAUUAAAGAUUGCUAAUAAUUAUAUCUACGUCACUGUAUUCAAUUGUCAAAUAUGUCAAGAAAAAGGAUUGAACAGUUUGAAGAGACAAUAGAAGAUCCAUACGGUGUGUUUGUGUUUGUGUGUGUGAAAUGAGAUUAGCUGCAUGUACAAACCAAGCA